AAAAUGUACGUUACCAAAGGGUGUCGUUUCUGUUUCUAUAAGAAAAGUCAAUAAAAGCAUAGAGUAAAAAGAAGGGCUCAUUUAAAACUACAGUUACCGUAGUAAAAUUAAUGCGGGCAAAAUCAACGCUGCAAAUACAAUGCAUAAAUAUAUUUUUAUUGGGGGCCCUCCGGAUUUCCCCAGAUCUGGUGAAAUUUUGGGGUUUUAGUGCCAUUUUCCCAAAGUUGGGAGCUCGGGAUGGUAUCAGACUAAACCUCCCACUCGUUUGCAAUAAUUAACUCACGAACAGACAAUAUUUACAUUUAGUACGUAGACACGUGAACUCUGUUUUCCUAAAGUCAUAUCGUAAGUGAAGUUUUCGGGUGAAGACCCGAGGUCGUUGUUUCUGAAGUAAAUUGUUCCCAAGUGAAUGAGACCUCUUGACCCUGAACGUUCAUCUCUUCUCAUGUUCGUCGAAAUAAUCUUUAUCGUGAGCAUUAUCAGUAUUACAUUUAGGUGUGUAUAGUGCGUAUGGGUGAAGUCACAUGUGAUGCUUUUAUUUUGAACACAGUUAAUAUUCUGCGCCAAAGGUUUUUAUUCGUUGAAUUAAUCGAAGUUACUGAACACCAUUUUAUUUAUCGUAGUGUCCAUUAUCCAUGUUACUUUUUUCAACGAACAUUUCGCCCACUUAUUUUCAUAAUGUAGCGGAAAAAAAAUAACGAUCCGGGUUAUGAGUAAAUAUAAUUGAAACUAAGUGAACUAGAGUAGUUUUAUUUUUAUUCAAUUUACUAUCAUGUCACUACUAUAAUUAUUUCGAUCCUUGUUUGCCACCACAUUAUUCUCAACCCACAGUGUCUAUAUAAUAUGGCAACUUGUGUUAACAUGUAUGUGCAUGGAUCUAUGUUUCGACUGACUGACCUCAGUGACCUGGACGUAUAACCAGGGUUACAAUAAAUCGAAAUACUUCAUGGAAAUUCUUGGUAUGGUGUUAUGUCGGGAUCUAAACAUUGUUAAUUCUCACAUUUAAUGCUCUCAAAUACAAUACAUUAAAGUUACUUGUAGAUUAGUAUUUUCGACACAUCCCAACUAUGUCAAUGAAUGAGGGUUCACGGUUUCUUGCGUCGACGUACGCCAAUGUUUACAAAAUUCAAAUUGACCUAAUGAAUCACUCACACCAUUCAUAUAGUUAGUGAUCAACAGUUUUAUUGCAUGAAUUGAAAUAGGAGAUUUUAAGAUGUCAUUUCAAUGUUUGGUAAUUUAUAGUUAGUUGAAAAACUCGAGGUGGCUAGACAAAAUCUAAACCAUCAUCUCGUGAGGUCGUCGAUUGUUUAUUUAAAGUAUGUUUGCAUUAUUUCGUUAGUUGGAUAAUGCAAUGCAAAAAUUUAUAGUUUGGAUAAUAAUUUGUGCUGCUGGCACAUUUGUGUGCACUUUCCGGUCUAAAUUUCGGAUGUCUAUUUUGUAUGUUUAUUUACCACUCCGUUCUUCCAGUAAUUGCUAACGUCAUGUUCCUCAUGGCAUUUUUCCCCUGCUUAUUUGCUCCUAAAACACCUUCUGGUUGUUCUUUUGUGUGGUUGAUGGCACUGAAUAAAAUACAUCGUAAUUCCGACUUUUUUUCAGUCACAUCUAAAAUCCUCUAUUAAUGCAGAGACGUCCACUCACUCGCAUAGAACUUGGAUUGCAAGACUUGAUGGAAUUUAAAAACUUCAUCGAUACUCAGUCUAAUGGAGACUGUGAAAAAGGUAGCAAAAGUACCAAGGAUUCUUUUGAAAAGGUACAACUUCGAGAAGCUGAAAGACGCAGAAAAAAUGCGCGCCAUCGGAUUGGUCUACCUCCAGAUUAUUAACAGACUUUAAGACUUACUGUAUAUAUGAUUCUGUCAACCACUAUAAUCAAUUAUUGAUUUCAACCUUUUUUCGCUGGAACUCCAUGUUUAUCGUUUGAAACUUCACGAAUAGUGGGUAAUUUCAAUAAAAUCGCCUAACAUUCUGCGAAGUGGUUUGCAACGUUUAGUCGAAUUUUUCGGAAGACAAUUUGACACACAGUACCUCAGAAAUUUCAACUAUAUUGUCAUAUCUUUUACAAUAAAUCACGAGUUCUAAAAUGUCGCAAAAAUAAUCCACA